AUGGGAAAUUACAGUGAAGCACUUCGCAUAGUAAAAAAAGCGUUGGAGAUAACAGGCAAAAAUGACAGACUCGAGAUUGGCGCUGAAAUGAUUUUGGAAAAAAUUCAGCAAUCAAAAAACGCAUCUAAAAAAAAUGGUAUGCCAGUUGAAGAAACAGAUUUAUGCCGAUUUGGUGCUUUUCCUGAUUCCAAAAGACGGCAAAAAAUGAAAGGUUUCAAAGUUUGGUCUGCGUGUAAGUACUCCACAAACUGGAACCCAUCAUUGGCGAUUCGCCCAAUCAAAUCCGAAGUGCUUUCGAAAAGUCCUUUCAUUGAAUUCUGGCAUCAAUUUCUCACUGACAAAGAAGUUGACAAACUAAAAGAAUUGGGACUCUCUGCGCUGAAAAGAUCAACUGUCGCGGGUGAUACAGGGUACAUUGAAGCUUCUUACAGAGUGAGUCAGUCUAGCUGGUUGGAUGACUCUUUGAAUGAGACAGUCGCAGCGACCUCCCGGAGGAUAAGUGAUAUGACCAAUUUCACAAGAGCGGGAAUGGAAACUCUACAGAUCGCUAACUACGGAGUCGGAGGUCACUACCAAGCACAUUACGACUUUGCCUACGAAACCGACCAGAGCGAAAAUGCGAAAGCUUUUUUAGCCGACGGAAACCGAGUGGCCACUGUCCUCAUGUACCUCUCAGAUGUGGAGCUGGGCGGCACGACAGCUUUUAUUGAUGUAGGGAUAAACGUCACUCCUGAAAAAGGCGGAGCUGUCUUCUGGUAUAACUUGGACAGAAAUGGGUCAGGAAUUGAGGAAACUUUCCAUGCAGCUUGUCCUGUGCUAGUUGGUGUGAAGUGGGUUGCCAAUAAAUGGAUCAAGUACAAUGGACAACAUCAUGUAUACAAAUGUCCCAUCCGUUUAGAGGAAUGAGAAUCAA